GAGACGGAUAUAGAGAAUAGAGCACAGAUAUAGAUAAGAGAGAGAAAGUGACGGCAGAAAAAAAAAAAUAUAUCAUCAUCUCCUGCAAUUUUUUACUCACCAUAAACAUACCAUUUUGACCAUCUCCCAACCACACCCCCACCGCAUCAUCUCCUUCAUCACUUCACCGAAAAAUCCAAAAAAAAAAAAAAAAAAAAAGAAACAGCAACCAAACGCCCCUUUUCUUUUUCUUUUUCACCCGUAAACACCACCCUAAGCCCUUUAAAACAGACCCUUUUUCCUUUGAAACGCCCUGUCAUUUCGGUUGAAGUUUUAUUCGUAGUUGAGAGUUUCAACUGGUGUUCGCUUAAUUGUUGCCUACAAAUUAAGGUUGGCUGUGUCAAAGGCAUAAACUUUAAGAAUGCUGUUUCCGAACCCCUCCUCUUGAUCUUUUUGGAUCUUCUUAGCGGAUUCCACAAGGGAAGGAGUGCAUCCCCGUAACUCAAUUCGCUGUAGUGUCGUACUAUCUACAAAUUCUUGAGGAAUCUCUUGUACUCCAUUUUGUAAAGUUUAUUUCAAGAUCUUCAAUUGGGACAUUCAAGGCCAUUUGAAGGAUUCCAUUCAAGAGUUAUCAUUGGCGCCAUGGCUAAAUCCAAAGCAGAUGAGAAGAUUCUCAGCUACAACGAUGUCGUUCUUAGGCGAUCAGAUUUGGACAUUCUCAAUGGUCCUAAUUAUCUCAAUGACCGCAUCAUUGAGUUCUAUUUUAGCUAUCUCAGCUCACUCUUUCCAUCUGACGACAUAUUACUGGUACCACCUUCUAUUGCUUUCUGGAUUAAAGAGUGUCCUGAUCCUGCAAGCCUGAAGGAUUUUAUAGAACCACUUCAUCUUUCUCGAAGGAAGUUGAUUCUCUUACCUGUCAACGAUAAUUCUGACGUGUGCAUGGCUGAAGGUGGGAGUCAUUGGAGCUUACUGGCUUUUGACAGAAACUCCAAUGUAUUUGUACAUCAUGACAGCAGCUCCGGGUGCAUGAAUGAGUAUCAUUCCAAACUGGUAUACAAGGUUACUCUUCCUUAUACAGCAUCCAACGCCACCUAUAGAGAGUGUCCAGACACGCCAAAGCAAGUCAACGGUUAUGAUUGUGGCAUGUAUGUCUUAGCUAUUGCACGAGUCAUCUGUCAGUGGUGUGCAAGCAGUGGAACCCAAGAUGCAAAUACUUUAUGGUUCUCCCAUUUGGAACAGCUCAGUCCAAGUGCUGUUUCUGAGAUGCGUAAUGGGAUUCUGGGGUUAAUAAAAGGUCUGAUGGCUGCACCCAAGAGUGUGGCAUAGUGGAUGAAAAUCAGGGAACGAGGUUACAAUUCCAGCAGAGACCAAAAAAACUACGUGAGGUUUAAAUUUCCAGCAGAGACCAGCGUGACGCUUGACGGUCAGUUGUCUCUCACAAUCUUUUUGGAUUUCCAGGAAAGAUUUGUUAUUUCAAAAGAAAGCUAAUGGGGGAAACUAGGAAUAUAGUAUCUCAAUUUUGAUAAAAUGAUAUUAAUAUUCAUUGUCGAAAAGACACUCUCGUAAUCCAUAAUGGGUGAGGUAUCUUUUACCUUUUGUGAGUGUGCAUAAUGAACGAACUAUUAUUUAGUGUUCCUUUAAGCUUUCUGUGCAAAGAAACCCGUUUGGUGGAUCCAUAAGAUUCUCUGUUUUCCUUGUUCGAAGUUCUGUUAUUCUCUGUGGUUGCUAAUUGAUUGGUUUAGGACAUAUUUUGUUUCUUUCUUUUAACGGAAAAGGGCCAAAAUUACCCCUGAACUUUGAGAAAUGGUUUAUUUAUAUCCUUCGUUAUACUAUUGGGUCAAUUAUGCCCUUUCCAUUAUACUAUGGUCCAAAUUUAUCCCUAAUCUAAACGGACUGCCACGUGUCCUAAUCCUAGGUGUUUUGGCCAUCCCACCCCUCCCCCCCCCAAUAAUUUUUUACCCCACCCAAAUAAACCCGACCCGACCCGAUCCGUUCUCCUCCAAUUUACCCAACCCGUUCUCCUUCAUGAAGCAGCUGAAUUUGGUUACUAGUUUGUCUCGAGGUGGCCAGUGUUUGAGUCUAUUUAAAGCAAAACUGAAGGCUUUGGAGCGAAUAUGCGAAUUUUCUAACUGGUGUCUCUUGACAUCAUUUCGACAGAGAAUCAAGUUGAUUACAACGAAGGACUAACUGAAGCAAAUCAUAGAAAAUAAUCCUAGUUGAUGUUACAAAAAUGCAAAAGAGCUCAUAGUUUCUCAAAUGUUGUAACUUCCACAAGAAAGGGGCUUCCACCAGCAAAUAUGUUACUCAGAGGUGGCCUCUGAACCACAAUUCUUAUACCAAAAGGAAAUGACAAAAGCAACGGGAAAAAAAUUGAAGGAGAGCGGGUCGGGUUGGGUUUAUUUGGGUGGGGUAAAAAAAAUUUUUUUUUUGGGGGGGGGGGGGGGGACGCCUAGGAUUAGGACACGUGGCAGUCUGUUUAUAAAUAAAUAAUUUUUCAAAGUUCAGGGGUAAUUUUGGCCCUUUUCCGUUCUUUUAAAAUGAUUUAAGCUCCAGUGAUGUACCAUCUAAAUUUCAAGUUUCAUUGUUGAUAGCUAAAUGGACUUUCUAAAUUUCAAGUUUCAUUGUUGAUAGCUAAAUGGACUUUUGACUUUAAUACACAAAAUCUGUGUUGUCUAUCUCCAUGUUAAGAUUAGUACUACUACUAGCUCCUUUUGGUUUAUAUGCUAAUCCUUUCCUUCAUUUUCUAUUUAUGAACUCUCCCGAGCGAGUCCAAUGCACUCAUCUUUUCUCCAUAAUGCCCAACAUAAUAUUAUCGAGUCGGCCCCAACCAGCAGUACAUUAAUACCAGCAGUGCAGCAGCCUCGUCGAAGCACAAAUUCGGCUAUGAGCGCCAGUAGCUAAUUUCCUUCUCUUUGCUUAUAUUUUUUUUUUCUUUUUGCAGCUUGUAUUUGUGUGGAUGUACAAGAAAAUGACUAACGUUUUUACUCUUGUUUUUACUUAAACCAGAUGAUUUCCCAGAGCAGAAUGUGAAAAUAUAGUCGCCACACUAUGGACUAGUUUGAUCA